GAGGAGAUGUGCCUGCUUCACUCGGACGCCGCCCUGCUGAGCCGCGGCGGCGCCGCGCAGCGGCUCCCAGGCGAGCGCGCGGUGCGCCUCCAGCGCCGCAGCCGGGCCGCCGCCGCGGGCACGGCAGGACCCCGCAGCAGCGCCGGCGCGGCCCCUGCCUCCGACGUCGCCGUCGACGGCCUCGGCAGCCCGUCGAAGGUCGCGGCGCCUGGCAUCGCCAGAGCGGGCGCCGGCCCUGGCGCGGGAAACAGCAGCACUGCCACCGCCGCGCUGCCGGGCGCCGGCGGCGCUGGCGAGAAGGCCCGCGCGGCUGGAGGCGCGGGGCGCGCGCGCCCGGGGCGCGGCCAGGGCGAGCUGCUGGCCGCCGCGAGGUCUGCCGUGAUGACGUCCAUCAGCAGAGCCGCACUGGCGGCUCCCAUCACACACCACGCUGUACUGAAGAAGCGAGCUGACAAGGACGCAGCGGGCGCCUCUCUGCUCGGCAGGGGCAGCAGGCCUGCCCGCGGGCGGAGGGAGCUGCGCCACGUCCUGGACUGCGCGCUGCUCUUCGUGGCCUCAGGUGCGCUCAUCGCUCUGGCCGGGGUCGCGAGCUUCGGCUUCUCCAGUCGGAAGGAGAAUUGGUGGUCCAAGUCGGCGGCAGAGGAUAUUGGCUUGGCGAGCGCCGAGGCUUAGCGCUCAGCAGG